AUGACAUUGUCAGUUUGACGUAAGUGCUAAAAUGGGGUUCGGGUUGCUUGUUUGGGCUUCGCGGUAGGAGUUUUUUCGAUUUCGUCGUCCAAUUCUAAAAUUUUAUACUAUUACGAAGGCUGUGUUUUUACGAGAUAUAAAGUAUGGGCGCUCUUUUUGGGAAAAGUAAGAAGCCCCCGAGUCGAGUGACGGAGCAAGACAAAGCUAUUCUGCAAUUGAAACAGCAACGUGAUAAGCUCAAACAAUAUCAGAAACGAAUCGAACAAUCACUAGAGAAUGACCGCGCUCUCGCCAAGAAAUGUUUGCAAACUGGUAGAAAAGAACGAGCAAAGUUACUCUUGCGAAAGAAGAAAUAUCAAGAAAAACUUUUAGAAAACACGGAUUCCCAACUAGAGAAUCUUGAAAAACUUGCAUCGGAUAUUGAAUUUGCUCAAGUCGAGCAACAAGUACUAGAUGGGCUGAAAAGAGGAAAUGCAGCCCUUAGUAAAGUUCACGAAGUGCUCACAAUCGACGAAGUCGAACGCGUAUUGGAUGAAACUCGUGAGGGUGUCGAGAAACAACGCGAAAUUGAUGAAAUGUUAACUGGAGCACUAACGCAAGAAGAGGAAGAAGACGUUCUGGCCGAGUUGGAUGAAUUAGUCAAGCAAGAAGGAAAUGAAAAAGAAGUGAAAAAAGAGGAGCCAACAGAAGAUAUGGAUAUUUCUGAACAGUUGCCAGACGUUCCUACAGACGAGCUACCUGAAAAAGAAAGGAUAAAAGAGAAAACCACACCAAAGAAAGUUUUGGUUGAAGCUUAACACUUCUACGUCUGGUCCUUAUGAUUAGGAAAGGAUGGACGUGCCUAAACUUAUUUUGUUAACAUUUAAAUAAACUAAAAAGUAUUUUUUCUUGAUCCAAGUGAAUGUCAUGUAGGAUUAGUGGAUGUGUGGGGUAAUAAAAUAUUUUGUAAUGCUAAUUAAUUAUUACAUUUGAUUGAAGGAA